CGCGAGGCUCGGAGAGUUCCGCGACGCAGAGUUGCCUUGGACCUGUGGCGCGCCUGCGCAGCUGGGCGGUGGUUGGUCUGCGAAGCGGAGGGGCGUCGCGAGGCUGGAGCAGAUCUCAAAAAAGUCCAGGAGUUCCUCUUUUAAGUCAACAGGAAUUGUUUUUUUCUUUGAAGAAUUGUAAAGAGACAACAAAGUCACAGCAGAAGGGGGAAAAAUGUCCAACCCCUUCUUAAAGCAGGUUUUCAAUAAGGACAAAACUUUUCGGCCUAAGCGCAAAUUUGAGCCAGGAACACAAAGAUUUGAACUUCACAAGAAGGCUCAAGCUUCCCUGAAUGCAGGGCUAGAUCUGAAGUUAGCUGUUCAGUUGCCUUCUGAUGAGGAAUUAAAUGAUUGGGUGGCUGUGCAUGUGGUAGACUUCUUCAAUCGCAUCAAUCUCAUUUAUGGAACCAUCAGUGAUAACUGCACUGAACAGUCAUGUCCCGUGAUGUCUGGGGGUCCUAAGUAUGAAUAUCGAUGGCAAGAUGAACAGAAAUACCGGAAGCCGACUGCUCUCUCUGCACCCAAGUAUAUGAACCUUUUGAUGGACUGGAUUGAGGUUCAGAUCAAUAAUGAAGAUAUCUUCCCUACCAAUGUCGGUACUCCAUUCCCCAAGAACUUUCUGCAAGUGGUAAAGAAGAUCCUGUCCAGGCUCUUCAGAGUUUUUGUUCAUGUUUACAUUCACCACUUUGACCGAAUCACUCAGAUGGGCUCUGAGGCUCAUGUGAACACCUGCUAUAAGCAUUUCUACUAUUUUGUGAAAGAGUUUAACCUGAUAGACACCAAAGAAUUAGAACCACUGAAGGAAAUGACCUCCCGAAUGUGCCACUGAAAAUGGGGCCUUCCCCUCAGGACUGCUGAAACCUAUCUUUCUGCACCAAGAAGAUGCUGUCUAGAAGCCAGAGACACUGAUACACACAUUGAAAAUCUCUAUUUUUUUAAAUAAGAACAUCCUCGGUGAAAAUUCCUUCUAUCUUUUCUUGAGAACUGUGACAUUAUGGUCAUCAUUUUUGAGAUGCUUCACAUAGUUGAAGAUUAUUUUUGUUUUGUUUUUAGAAUCGCUUUCUGGAGGGCAGCCUGCCAAAGUGGAGGGAGCGCUGACUAGCCAGUAGAUGUGGUCUCUAGUCACGUCUCUGCCCCCUGCAAGCUGUGUGAUCUUGGGCAAGUCACCUCAUCCCUCUGGGCCUCAGUUUCUUCAUCUGUAAAAUGAAAAGGGAGGGAUUAGAACCUUUAAGGUUUCUUCCUUCUCUAAGAUUCCAUAAUUUUGUGAUUCUAACUUGGCUUCCAGCUCUUAAAAAUCUAUGAUUCUCAGUGAAUGGCAAAGCCCACUUCGUCCUUAAACCACUGACUUUUGCCAGAAGGCAGAAGAGUUUGUCAGCAGAGCAACCUGACAUUUCAUCAUUUCAUCUGUGCCAUCACUGAAGUCCUCGUCUCGGACACUUGAUGCUCUCACCAUGUUGGCCUGAACUUGCUUUGGAACUGUUGGUUGCCUUCUUCUGGAUGCGCUUUGUGCCGAUUCCCCCAGAUGUGUGAGGGGGGAAGGCUGAUUGCUCUUGAGAGCCAGAUGGAGAACUUUCUGCAGAACGAGAGGGAAAAAGCAGUCAUAGGUAUAUUACUAAGAGCCCCUUCAUCUUAUGAAUAGCCACCAGUUUUUACCUCUAGUUUUAUUUUUUUUUAAUAUAAGGUACGACUAGCAAAUUGAUUAAAUCCUCUAUCAUCUUUAUUUCAACCCACAUUCUCCUGUAGCUAGCCUAGUCUCCCUGGCUAGUAGGAUGUACUAUUGAUUAAAACCCUACCCCUCCUCAUUCCUUCUAAACCAGGGUUUCCCAGAGCAAUUUAACCACAGAACUAUUUUGACUAAUAAAGUGUUUUGAUUGAACUUUUAAAUUCCUGUCCAGGGAAUCCCUAGGAUAAAGGAAGUUGGAGUAAAAUAGAACCCAUUAAAUCUAUUUUCAUAAUGAAACAUUGCUGUUCAUAAUUAGCAUUUUAAUAAUGCCCCAUUUCAUAUUUAAUAUUUUAGAGAUGAUAUCAUUAGCAUCAAUUCUCCAUGGAAUCCUCAUUCACCUGAUGUGGAAUGCUAGAUCCCACAGAACACAGUUUGGGAAACACAGAAUUUGACCCUAAAAGGUUAUGUAUUUCUUCUGAGCUGGAGAGCAAGUUUUCAUAGAGGUCCGUUUACUUCAGACUAAGGUACAACAACCCAUCCCUUGUAAUUGGUGAACCUAAAAGAUCUCACCUCUCCUUUACCAAGAAAUCUGAGCUAAUCUUCUUUCAUAUACAUCUUUUUAGUUGAGGACUUGAGUUUUCUUUCUGAUGUCUUUUUGCUUACAUUUUAGCUGUUUUGAAUUCAGAUUUUUCAUGAUAUGGAAGAAUCAUUUGUCAGAGACAGACCUUUGGUUGAUAAGAAUUACUUUUUGAAAAAUGGGUCAUCAAAGCCAGUGGACCAAUUCCCUCUGUCUGGGGAUUUUUUUCCUAGGAAAAUGCCUUCAUACGGCACUAUGAACUGUAAGUAACUCAUGUGGAUUCUACCCAAGUGACCAAAAGAAGCCACAUUCUUUUCUCUGGUACUCUAGAGUUAGUCCUUUAACUGUUGAAAAUAUUUCCUACUCUUGGAUCAUUCCUAGAAUCAUUACUGUUAGGUUUUUCAAAAUUUGAUGAUUCUGAAUGUCUGGUAAUCAUGUUUAAAUUUGGUAUGGCCCACAAAUCACUUAUUGUUAGUGGACAGCUACAUUUAUUGUAAACCUUCUUGGCUGAGAUAUAACAAGCUUGUUGAAGUUGGCUGAGAUCUAUCCCUUGCCCCGUCUGUUAGACCACCCAUCUUCACCCAGUGCAUCUUCCUAGUGCAAAGGACCAAAACCCAGGCCCUUUCUAAUUAUAUCAAGCACUUCCUAAAAUAUAAAAAAGGUUGUAUCAAGUAAAUUCUUUUAAAAUGUUUUUAUGUUAGCAGUGACCAAACUAUCACAGCUACUUCUAUUGUGUGUUUAACAAUUUGGGAACCAAGCAGCACCUGGAGGUAGCUUACAUGAGCCUAACAUAUUCCCUUCCAUUGCUUGCUGAAUAAAAGGGGAAACUGGAGAAGGACAAAUCCCUGUGGAAUUCUGCCUUUGCUCGAUGGACUCUGUCAUAUUAAGUUGUUGAAACAUUCCCCUUCCCUCUACCACAUACCACUAUUAUUCUUAGAAGUGAACAUAAAAAUAAAUUAUACUGUAUUUGUCUAAA